UCUCCUAAAAGUUCCAGUUCCAGAGUCUGAGUGACCGAAGACCCUCUCUCAUGGGAAGACUACAAGCCCCAGAAUCCAAUGGGCCUCUCGGAAAGGGAGGCUCGUCUGAGGAUGCGUAGUAAGCGUGGCGGGGUCGGAAGCCGGAAGUUCAAGGACGGCACCCAGCCUGGGCCGCGGGCGGCGCGGGCUCCCGCCUCUGUGUCCGGGGACGACAUGCCAACUGCCAAGCAACUAGCUGACAUUGGCUACAAGACUUUCUCCACCUCCAUGAUGCUCCUUACUGUGUAUGGGGGCUACCUCUGCAGUGUUCGAGCCUACCACUUUUUCCAGCGGCGCAGCUCCCGGCGCCAGGCUGCAGAAGAACAGAAGACCUCAGGAGUCCUGUAGAACUGGGGGGCUCUUUUCCUUGACCAGAGAGGCCUGAGGCAUGCUGUGGAAAGAGCUCACCUACAGUCAUCCAAAUCAAGAGAACCAGGGCCUUAAUGGUUUUCAAGUCCUGCUGGGGAUAAGUGCCCGUGUUUUCUCUGGAACUGCCAGUUUAAGGAGGCUCUCAAAUCGUAGCAGGAAUUGGGGCAGAGGGAGGCACAUGCACAGACAUUAAAUAUUUUUCAUGUG